CAUUGAUUGGUUAAUACACCAUUUAAAUUACAGUUGGCGAAAUUGCUUGUUUUAAAUUGCUGAACCUGUAACGGUGAUCUGUUGAUCCGUGGUUUUAAUAAUGGCUCAGAACAUUAACCCACUUGGGACCGCUUCAACGACUGUUACAAAGACAGAUGAAGAAACACACAAUCCUUCUCAGGAUAAUCAUGCUGUAACAAAAAGGUUGCAAAAGGAACUAAUGGAAUUAAUGAUAAAUACGGAUAGAAAUGUGUCAGCAUUUCCUGAAGGAGAAAGUCUAUUUAAGUGGAUAGGCACUAUUUCUGGCCCCAAGGGAACAGUGUAUGAAGACUUGACUUUCAAAUUGAGCUUGGAAUUUCCUCACAGUUACCCAUUUAGUGCUCCAGUAGUCAAAUUCAUUACCUCAAUCUUUCAUCCCAAUGUGGAUCAAUUUGGAAACAUCUGUCUUGAUAUUCUGAAAGAGAAGUGGUCAGCUUUGUAUGAUGUCCGAUCAAUUCUCCUAUCCAUUCAGUCUCUUUUAGGAGAACCCAACAAUGAUAGUCCAAUGAACGCGCAAGCAGCAGCCCUGUGGUCAGACAAGGUUGAAAUGAGACAGCAUGUUCUCUUUGAGCACAAGAAGAGUGAGUCUCAGUGAAAUUUACAAGUGACAUUAGAAUUUGAGACCAUACUUUCUGUGACUUAUAUUUUGAAAUUGUCAUCAAUGUACUUGGCUUUGUUAGCCAGUGUUCUUAGUUUAUUUGUACUUUAACAGCUCAGUAGUGCACUGCAAGAAAUUUAUUUUAUAUUGUCACAAAAUUUUGAAAAAAUUUAUUUUCACUUGUCAGAUGUUUAUAUUCCAGCAUUUCCUUGGCAUGCAUAUUAUUCUUAUUCUGAUUAGCAGUUCUGUGAAUGUAACAGUUUGACACUCUUACAUGCUUUCUUGAUAAAAAAGAAAUAUCUUAAAAUCUAAGGUUGAAUUCAGUGCAACAUAUUUGGUCAGUAGCAAAAAGUGCAACAUUUUCAACAUUGCCGUCAUGUAAACAAAGUAAAUUCAUUUGAUUGCUUCUUAAGAGUCGCCAAAUCAUGAAUGAAAGUUUGAAUUUUAAUACUGUUUGGGUAAUUGUGUUGUAUAGAGAGAAAAUGUUUGCAUAUAAAUUUAUGCUGUCACAGCAGUAGUCAUGAGAGCAAAAAAGUGCAAAGCUCAUAAAUACACUUAUUACGUCUUAUGAUGCAUUUAUAUUUAUAAUUGCUUCCAUUUGUUAUUUCAUAAAAUUGUAUGUUUCCACUUCUUCAGAUAUAUAUUCUACAGAAAAGAAGUAAAUAGUUUUACUUUCAGAUGUGUUAUUUUAUAUGUAGAUAUGUAUCCAUUCUUCAGAAUACAGUUUCUAUUGUGUA